AUGGGAAGGACCCUAACAUACCCAAAGCGGCCGUCGAACACGGUCAACCGUUACAAACAUCGAGCAACUUAUGACCUGGGUGCCAUUCAUGAAAUUAUCAACUCCACCCAAGUUCUCCAUGUUUCCUUCAGCCCCGGACCAUCGGAGCCGUUCCCGGCCAUCUUGCCUAUGAUCGGACAGAUGGGAUCAUUCGACUAUCCUUCAGCUAGCAUCGACGAGCCCCUUGAUUGUUAUCUUCAUGGCUAUGUCAGCUCCCGCAUCAUGAACCUGGCUCGAGAUGCUGAAGGAGAAGGACUACCCAUAUGCGUGGCUGCUAGCAAGGUAGACGGGCUGGUUUUGUCUCUGACACCGAACUCCCACAGCUACAACUAUCGAUCUGCAAUUCUUCAGGGCUAUGCUAAGCUAGUGACUGACGAAGCCGAGAAGCUCUACGCCAUGGAGCUGAUCACUAAUUCGGUGCUUUCGGACCGCUGGGCGCAUACGCGCGUCCCACCAGACCGUGCUGAAAUGUCUUCGACCGUCAUCCUUAAGGUCAAAAUCAUGAGCGGCAGUGGUAAGAUUCGAGAUGGCAGUGUCUCGGAUGAAAAGAAAGAUACAGGCAGUGAAGAGGUCACGAAUCGUGUUUGGACUGGUGUUGUUCCCGUCUGGGAGACAUUUGGUGAGCCUGUUCCUAGUACUGGGAACAAGGUACCUGAGGUACCAGGCUAUGUGAAGUCGUUUGUUGCUGCGAAGAACGACGAGAAUCGCGCUUAUGCGGAGAAGGCUGUGGGAAUUGAGCUCCCCCCAGAGGAACAACACUGA